AUAGGAAAGUCUUGCUGUCACUGACACUGAAAGAUGGCAACUGAUUCAGAACUGUUGAGCGCUGAGCUCAUUGGCUAACCACCUCGCUUGGGCUGUACACCGAUAUCCUGCUCGCAUUAUGACUUGGCUACUGUCCUAUAACUUGUCUUCCGCACAUCAGGUCCGAGUCGACCUGCCAAACAGCGGACGACUUCAUAUCAAACACACGAAAGGAAAAAUCAACCAACCCCAACACUUCGUUUUUUCAUCUGGGACCCUGCCAGUGUGCACACACACCGCACUUGCCAAGACACAUAGGUGGAUUAUCGACCUACACGGGGCGCAUCGAGUUGAUUGUGGGCCCCGUGCCGGCGGUACAGUAAACCGUGACAGAGCGUGUUUAUUUUUCACCUCCAUGAGUACUAUAUGCUCCCCCCCUUUAU